CAACUGCCUGCACGUGGUGGAGCCCAUGCCGGUGCCCGGCCACGACGUGGAGGCCUACUGCCUGCUGUGCGAGUGCAAGUACGAGGAACGGAGCACCACCACCAUCAAGGUCAUCAUCGUCGUCUACCUGUCGGUGGUGGGCGCCCUCCUGCUCUACAUGGCCUUCCUCAUGCUGGUGGACCCUCUGAUUCGAAAGCCGGACGCCUACACCAAGCGGCUGCACAACGAGGAGGAGAACGAGCAGGACGCUCGCGCUGUGGCGGCCGCCACCUUCUCCGGGCCCCGGGCGAACACGGUCCUGGAGCGCGUGGAGGGGGCGCAGCAGCGGUGGAAGCUGCAGGUGCAGGAGCAGCGGAGGACGGUCUUCGAUCGGCACAAGAUGCUCAGCUAGGCGGCGGUGCCGCCAGGUCACGGUCAAGGCAGGACCCGAGGCCGCGCCUGCCAGCCUCCGGGGCUCGCCGGAGCUGGCCGCUCUCCCCACUCAGUGCCUCCCUCCGCUCUCCCCUUUACAGCCCGGGGCGUUUUCCUGCUCCCUCACUUUUGACGUGUGCCCAGCUGCAUAAUCUAGGAAGAGCGCUGGGUCCGUGGUCUCGUUUGCCUGCUCAGGUGGUCUUCAGGGGUGGGGCGGAGGGCCGGGGGCCUCGGGGCUGGAGCGGCCCUGUCACCUUGCUCCCUCCUCGCCGCCCUCCGGCUCCAGAUCUUGGGAGCUCGCUCAUCAGGACCUGAGUGUGGGAGAGGAAGGCACGGCCAGCUUCCUCCCGCCGCGACUCCUCGGCCCUGGCGUGGCCUCACUCCGGCCCUCGGGACGGCUCUGCUGGGAGGGCUGAUGCCACAGCCCGGCCGUCGUCCUCGGGGCACACCUGGACGCCGUUCCAGCUUCUCUUCCCCUUCCUCUUCCCCCAUCGAGGCAGGCAGAGCCAAGGACCCUGCUUGCUCUGCCUCCUGGCCCCCGCCCCCACUGCAGGAAGCCAGGCAAUGGCCCCCCUCCCGCCCCGGUCUGCAGUUGCUGAGCCGUUGGUGGGGUCACCGGACCCCGAGGCCGAGCGGUGGCUCUGAGCCCCUGGGCUCCUACCCUCAGAUUGACACUUGUCCCUGAAUUUCGUUGUACCAGUGCAUGGAGAGACCAGUGCAUGGAGAGGAAUGUCACCCUCCCGUUGCUUGUAAAUCAAGGAGGCGUCAUGAAA